ACAGGAGGCAUUCCUUACGAAGGAUGGUCUCAAUCCACGACAAUGAAAAAAAUCGAAGAAGGUUAUCGUCUGCCAAAGCCUGAACAUAUCGACGACAGUUUAUACGCGGUGAUGUUAAACUGCUGGAAAUACGAAAGCGCCAGCCGGCCACACUUUGUGAAGCUCUACCAAACAAUGGAUACAUAUAUUAAAACAAAGACAUAUGUAGAUAUCUUUGACGAUGACAAGUAUGAUCAGGAUAAGUACAACUUUGUCGAUGACCGUGGAGCUGUUGCAAACCCAGAAGAUGCAGGAGCGGACGAGCUAGGAGCAGCUGCAGCAAAUCCCAUCUGUGGAGUGGGUGAACACGGUGCUAUGGCACAUCCCUUUCUGGUUGCAAUGGACGAUGGCGCUACAGCUUUCCCUUUUGGAAUUAACGUAGGAGACGAAGGAGCACCUGCAACAGAUCCCGACCGUGAUAUGGGUGAACACGGUGCUACGGCACAUCCCUUUGUGAUUGCAAUAGACGAUGGUGCUACAGCUUUCCCUUUCGCUAUCAACGUACAAGAUACAGGGGCAGCUGCAGCAAAUCUCGCCCAUGAAGUGGGUAAGCACGGUGAUGCUGCACAUUCCUUUGUGGUUGCAAUUGACGAUGGUGCUACAGCUUUCCCCUUCGCUAUUAACUUACAAGACAAAGGGGCAGCUGCAGCAAAUCUCGCCCAUGAAGUGGGUAAGCACGGUGCCACUGCACAUCCCUUUGUGGUUGCAAUUGACGAUGGUGCUACAGCCUUCCCCUUCGCUAUUAACUUACAAGACAAAGAGGCAGCCGCAGGAAAUCUCGCCCGUGAAGUGGGUAAGCACGGUGCUACGGCACAUCCCUCUAUGGUUGGAAUUGACGAUGGUGCUACAGCUUUCCCUCUCGGAAUCAAAGUAGAAGAAGAAGGUUGCGCAGCAUACCCUUUUGAGAGUGAUAAGAAAGAUAUGGAUGCCCAAGCGUACCCUUUGGAGAGUGAUACUUUACCAUAUCUUAGCGAGAACGAGGAAGAAGAUGUUGAUGACUCCGAGUGCCCUCUUGCGAUUGAGGAAGAAGAAAUUGAUGACUACGAGUGCCCUCUUGCGAUUGAGGAAGAAGAAAUUGAUCCUUUACCAUCCUCCCUGGUGAUGGACCAAAACGGUCUAGAUGCUUCAGUAUGUCCCCUUGUGACUGACGAAGAAAAUUCUGAUUCUUUAGCAUGCCCCCUUAUGGGUGAGGAAGAAGAUUCCAAUAACUCAGCAUGCUCCCCUGUAACUGGGGAAGAAGAUUUCGAAGCCACAGGAAGCCUUUCUGUUACUGAAAAAGAAGAUCCUAACUCUUUAGCACGCUCCGCAAAUGAGGUGAACAAACCUGAUACCUCACCAUUCCCUUGUGUGAUGGAGGAAGAAGAUCUUGAUUCUUUAGAAUACAAUCCCCUGAUCGAAAAAGAAGGCCACAGUGAUUCCGUCUUCCCUCCAGAUAUUCAAAUUGAUGACGAAGAAGGUGUAACAAGUGAACCUGAAAGUAACGUUGGUUAUGAAGGUGCUGUAGCAGUUCAAUCUGAAAAGGAGGCAGUAGAAGAAGAACCUGAGACUUGCCAACUAAAGUACACGAAGGAUGAACAAGACGAUCUUGGAAACUAUAUGGACGACCAAAGUGAUGCUGUAGACCUUCUUGACGGGGAGGCUGGCGUACAAGAGUAUGAUGGUAAUCAACUUACUGCUGCAGAUAAAGACGAAACUGGAAGUGACGAAGACGAGGAGUCAUCUGAAGUAACUCCUCUUGUGCAGGACUGAGGCUUAAUAGCAGAAUUGCUGAACCUCCAAGGUUGUAGUCUUAUAACACUCUGUGGUAAUUUGUAGUUUAGAUUUCGAGAACUUCAGCCUCAAUAUUUCAUAGCUUUUGAUUUUAAGAUGUAGUUUCUAUCGUACUUUUACUUUAUUAAUGCUUUGGUAGUGAUGAUAACCAUUUUCAUAGUUUAUAAAUGGAGGUUAGAUGGAAUUUUCUUGAAAAAAAAACUUGUUUAUUUACUUCACUUUUGCAUUUCUUAGUUUACCGUUUAUUCGCUUGGUGCACUUGUCAGUGCUUUGUUGUUGUUAUUGACUGUAGGCUGAUAGAGACAAGAAAAAAAAAAGAAAAAGAAAUUGCUGUUAAGAUAAUUUUUAUAACUGAUCUAGUCAGAAAUUUUGCGUAAAUUUGUGAGUGUUGUUCCUAGUAUAAGUAAUAUUUCUUAAUUUUUUUGUAAGUGCAUUGAAGAGAAGAACAAUAAUGGACAUGUUGAUCUCUCCCAAGCCACAAUGAAUAUUUACCCUGUUAGGAAUAAUUAAAUUGUUGUAAAGCACUCUCUAAAUG